GCCUGGCCAAUGGAGAGGCGCGGCCCCGGGCGCCGCGCACGGCCGCCGGCAUUUAAACCGGAGACUGAGCGAUGCCCCGCACUCGGUGCGCCCUCCGCGGACCGGGCGACCCAGUGUGCCGCGAGAGCGUUUCUCUCCAUCCCGCUGACCCCGCGCGGAGCCCGGGAGGCUCGGGCCGCGGCCUCACACCGCGCCACGCGUCGAGAGCGCAGGCCCCGACGACCCGCCGCACUGACAGCAUGAGCCGCACCGCCUACACUAUAGGAGCCCUGUUUCUCCUCUUGGGGACCCUGCUGCCAGCUGCUGAAGGGAAAAAGAAGGGGUCCCAAGGUGCCAUCCCCCCUCCAGACAAGGCCCAGCACAAUGACUCCGAGCAGACUCAGUCUCCCCAGCAGCCGGGCGCCAGGAACCGGGGGCGGGGCCAAGGGCGUGGCACCGUCAUGCCCGGGGAGGAGGUGCUGGAGUCCAGCCAGGAGGCCCUGCAUGUGACCGAGCGCAAAUACCUGAAGCGAGACUGGUGCAAAACCCAGCCGCUCAAGCAGACCAUCCACGAGGAGGGCUGCAGCAGCCGCACCAUCAUCAACCGCUUCUGCUAUGGCCAGUGCAACUCCUUCUACAUCCCCAGGCACAUCCGCAAGGAGGAAGGCUCCUUUCAGUCCUGCUCCUUCUGCAAGCCCAAGAAGUUCACCACCAUGAUGGUUACACUCAACUGCCCGGAACUACAGCCACCCACCAAGAAGAAGAGGGUCACGCGCGUGAAGCAGUGUCGUUGCAUCUCCAUCGAUUUGGAUUAAGCUGGGACACCCCGCUUGUCCUAGGGAUGCAGCCCCGCGCGGGCCCAGAGCCAGACCUAAAACAACCUGAUUCUAACUUGGCUUAAACCUAGAGGCAACAAGUACCACCGGCUGCCUCCUGACAGGCGCCUGCUAGUGUGUAGUUUGUGUGCAUGAGUGUGCAUGGGUGCCUUUGGGUGUUUGCAGACACCGGAGGAAACACAAUCUCUGCUAGAGGGCACUUCCUAUUACCUAAACAAAUCCGCUUCCAUAGGAGAUGGCACAGAAAGCCCACACCACCCAAGGCACAUUCAAAGGGGGGAGUGCUGUGGUCUGGUUUUGCCUUUGUGGUCCGUGUGCCCUCCUGGGACCAGAAUCUCCCUUCAGAAUGAGCAGUCAUGGAAGAGGCUACUCUGAGGGCAAGGGACCUGUUUUAGUGCUGUGUUAGACUUGGGAAAGGUAUUUCAACCUGUGCUUGCUUCCUCCCUCGCUCCUCACAUCCGCGGUGCAUCCCUGCUUAGGAUCUCAGUGACUAUUAUUAUAUUUCAGUCUAAUCCCCUAUUGCCAAGGGACUGAGCGUGAGGACCAGUUGAGCCCCGCAGAAUUCAGCGGGGAGAUGUGCAGUCUUGGAAGGCCAACCCCAAAACACACUGAGACCCAUGUUUUAGCAAGUGUUUCCUGGUAUUUAACAGAACCCAAGAGAACAGAGGAGAAACGAAAUUGUAAAAAAUAAUAAUAAUAAUUUCGGCUGUCACUGUGAUCUGCUGAAAAGUAGUCGUAACCCAAUGCUAAAAUUUAAAACAUAAAUGUUGACCAAAUAUUUUCAGAACCAAAUGAGUGAGCUAAACCAAAACAGCCCCUUUCUGCUUUGCCCCACAGGUGGACAAUAGAUGUAGUUCAGAACCCCCUAUGCAGGGAUAG